AUUGAGAGCGGUCGUAGGCGUCAGUUCCAAAAGCGGUUAGACUGCGUCGCUUUAUUCACAUCGCCUGACACCUCGAACAGAGUCGACACCCUCCACCUUGAGCCCCGCACCGUGCCCCUCACUCCACGUUCGGAUUGUGGGGAACGAAAGGCCCACAGCUGUACCUUCAACGUCGACCAACAUCGUCUCGGCCAAAUAUAAUGAGUCAGACGCGCGAACAGAAGAUACCGUGCAAUUCUCACGUCAGUUCGAAAACCACUUCAGACUGCUACAGACCGCGGCUUGACACACUAUGUGCCGCCAAAGCGAUGGCCAAGCAAGCCCAGCAGCUUCCGCGUGUGACGAGUCCCGUGAGGCUAAGUUUCCAUGGCAUAUCGGUGUCUGCGAUGCCCACUGCCACCCGACGGAUACCAUGUCCUCGAUCGCUAGCAUAAAUAAUAUGCGCGCCCGUGCCUUGACCAUCAUGGCCACGCGCUCGCAGGACCAGGACCUGGUGGCCUCGGUGGCGGCAAAAAGCGGUAUUCGGGACCGUGCGGCGCUCGAGGGUGAACACGGGGUGCAGAACACGUCAAGUCUAGUCGUGCCUGCGUUUGGGUGGCAUCCUUGGUUUUCGUACCAGCUCUAUGACGAUAUCGAUGAUGGCACGGGCGGCGGUGGCAACGCCACUUAUGAUCCCUCCGCGGCAAAAGCGGAGCAAAAAGCGACGCAUUACAGUGCGGUGCUUUCGCCCACACCGGAUGAAAAGUUUAUCGCCUCGUUGCCGGACCCAAAACCGCUGAGCAGCUUUAUCAGUGAGACACGACAGCGUGUGCUCGACGCCGGGACGGCUCUUAUCGGCGAGAUCGGUCUGGACAAAGCAUUCCGCCUGCCAUGGCCAUGGAAUGCCGCCGACCAGUCGGAGCGCGAUGGGACGCUGACACCCGGCGGGAGGGAGGGCCGCAGUCUGAGCCCGCACCAUGUCAAGAUGGCGCAUCAAGUGCAAGUCCUCAAAGCCCAGCUGCGGCUUGCCGGAGAGCUAGGUGUGGCGGUUAGCGUUCACGGCGUGCAGGCUCACGGGGUGCUGUUCGACGCUCUUGCGUCGCUGUGGAAGGGCUACGAGAAGGAAGUGGUCUCGCGUCGAAAACAGAAGCUAGUGGCGAAGGGCGCCGAGGACUUCUCGUCUAGCGACGAGGAUGAUGAGUACGAUUGGACGACCGAUGAGGUGCCCAGGCCAACGGUGAAGCGCUACAAGCCGAAGCCCUUCCCGCCGCGGGUAUGUUUGCACUCGUUUAGCGGAUCGCCGCAGAUGGUUAGCCAGUACCUGAACCCGGCAAUACCGCUCAAGGUGUACUUUUCCUUUUCGACCGUCAUCAACCUCUCGACCGCCGGAGGAGAGAGCAGAUUCCCUGACGUUAUCCGGGCCUGUCCCGACGACCGGCUGUUGGUUGAGAGUGACCUGCAUUGCGCUGGCGAGGACAUGGAUCGUCUUCUGGAGGAUAUAUGUCGGAAAGUGUGCGACACCAAGGGCUGGUCUUUGGAAGAGGGCCUGCAGAGGAUACGGAAGAAUUACGAGGAAUUCGUUUUCGGCUAAGGUUCCUCAACGAAGACGGCGACCAUGUGUGGUCUGUAGCUGUCAGGAUACCCAUUGCUCUACAGGCCCCGUACAGUCGUAGAUGGCGGCCAUGGCCAAGCAGCAGUGGCAGGAGGGAUAUGGAGACAUCAUCGCCGAGCCCGGAGUUGCAGGCGAUGCCAGGCCUUAUCUCAGUGUUCUGGAUACCUACAGGACGACCCCUGAAAGAUUGUUAGCGCGGAACCUACGACAAGGGUCUUCUUUUCAACCCGAAAGAACACUCUUAAACCACGAAAAGAGCUGAUUCAACGCAAAGAAAUAGAGCGUCUUGCAAUAAUCCAAAAGGGGUC